AUGAGCGAAAUUGAGUUAGAGCUCUACAAGUUGAUGCAUGAUAUCGAGUUGAUUGAGGACGAACAGAGGCUGAAUGUUUCUGAAACAGAUUAUUUGUGGGGUAAAGCUGCCUUGAAAAUAAGAGAGGGACUGCGUUUUUCUCAGGAUGCAUAUUAUGGUGGUGAAGCUGGUUUGGUGGAAAAUCUCCAGCAGAUUCUUUUCAAAGAGAAUCUUUGGAUUGAUCCCAAAAUAUGUGCUCAAACUCUUUUGUAUUUUCCCUAUCAACGAACUGCAGAGGUAUCGGAUAACUCUUACAUAUCUGAUGAUCCAGUAAGCGAGAAAUGCUCACCUGUUAUUGAACGGUAUGAUCCGGCUUACAUCCUGCCAUUCUCAAUACACUCAUUGUCCAUGGGAUGUAUUGAACCUGUAAAAUUCGCCAGUUCAGGCUUGCUUGCAGUUGCGUUAGCGAGCACGUCUUCAGCAGAUCUUGGGAUGAGAAAAUUGGGCUAUGAAACUCUUGGGAUAUUUGUGCAUGCCCUUAAGGUAAUAAUUAUUUUGUGUUUUUCUUAUCUGUAUGCAUAGCCUGUUUUGAUACUC